AACUCUUCUGGAUGUAGCGCACACGAUGAGGACGACUUGAGCUCCCUACUUGCUUGGCAUUUUACUCGUCCUGAACGCCUCACUGGCGCUAGCGCUUGUGAAGCCUGCAGGCAAGAUACUUGUCGUGAGCUUCGAAUCACUUUCCAUCGUCUUUCACCACAUGUGCUCAUCUGUCUUAAUUUGUUUACAUUCAAUCGAUCCACUAAGCGAUGCUUGAAGAUUAUGCGUCGAAUUCGUAUCCCCGAGAGUCUCUCUGUAACUGUUAGUGCCGACAGCGGGUUGACUGAUUGGCCGGAAAAGAUGAAAUCAGAUCACCCCUCUGACCCUGGCUGCGUCGAGCAAGUAGCUUUAAUUUCUGAGAGCACCGCUAAUCGACUUCCCAGCGAAUCUUCUUCCACUCCGGCCUCAUUUUCAUUCUGUUCUUCUUCCCAAACAUCCUUAUAUUCUGCCCUUUUAUCGUCCACAGACUCAUCUUUCCAGAUUUCUGGUUCAACUCAGUUCAGCUCAAGUCUGGGGUGUAAAACUGCUAGUCACUUUAAAAACAAUCAUGCCUCUACUUCUGGCAGACCCCAAGGUGAAGCUAAAGGUGACACAGUGAGGCGUGACUACCGCCUUCAGGGUAUGAUCGUGCACCAUGGGCUCAGCCUAAGCUGUGGCCAUUACACUUGCGUUACGCGAGUCGGUUCUGAUUGGGUGGCAUUUGACGAUGCUCUUGCCCAUCAGACAUCACUCGAUCAGGUUGCUUCAGAGCCUCUUUGCACGCCAUAUCUUCUAUUGUACAGCCAGGUGUAG